UCGAGCUACCAACCACAAAAAAGUAAUCCACAUGACUUACUGUUUCGUUUUUAUUUAUUCAAUGAGAAGAUAAACCUUAUUGUAAUUGCUUUCCUGAUAUUUUCCUGAUUACUAAAAGAUGGAUGCAAUAAGAAAUAAUUCAGGGAUUUUUCUCUGUGUUGUACUUUUUAGUUUUGCCAUGUGCAGUAAACCCCAUCAUAUAAUUGCUGCGGAUACAAUUUCUUCUGGUGAUUCUCUAACUGGAAAUCAAACUAUUAUAUCAAAGCGUGAUAGAUUUGUAUUGGGUUUCUUCAGACCAGGUACGUCUCAGAAUUACUAUAUAGGUAUUUGGUACUCAUACAAUAGAGUCUCAGUUCAAACUGUUGUCUGGGUUGCUAACAGAGAUGCACCUCUUCGUGAUCCAACUUCUUCAAUGUUAACACUUUUAGAUGGAAACUUAGUUUUACUUAGUGGUUUUAGUAAUACUCCAAUUUGGUCUACUAAUUUAGCUUCAAGGACUCUGAAUACAACUCAAGUAGUUCUUGGCGACGAUGGAAAUCUUGUUUUAAGAGAUGGGUCGAAUCCAUCAGUUGUAAUUUGGCAGAGUUUUGACUAUCCAGCAUAUACUUGGUUACCUGGUGCAAAAAUUGGGUUUAAUAAAAAAACUAACCAAAGCCAAACGCUUACUUCAUGGAGAAGUCGAGAAGAUCCAGCCAUGGGACUUUACAGCUUUGAAUCAGGGCCAAGUGGAACAAGUCAGUAUGCUUUAUACUGGAACAACUCCAUAAUAUACUGGAACAGUGGGGAGUGGCAUGAAAAAUCAAAAUUUUUUGUUUCGGCUCCUGAGAUGAGAUUAAAUUACAUUUUUAAUUAUAGUUGCGUUUCAAAUGUAAAUGAGAGUUAUUUUACUUAUUCACUUUACAACAAUUCUAUUAUUUCUAGAUUUGUUAUGGAUUUUACUGGACGAGUCCAGCAACUUACAUGGUCACAGACAACGCAAAGGUGGGAUUUGUUUUGGUCUGUACCCAAACGACCAUGUGAGGCUUUUGGUAAUUGUGGACCUUUUGGCUACUGCAACCAGGAUACUUGGAGUUGUGAGUGUUUACCGGGUUUCGUCCCACGAUCUCCUCCGGAUUGGAGUCUCCAGGAUUCAACUGGCGGGUGUGUUAGGAGCACGCCGUUGAAAUGUAGGAGUAAAGAUAGUUUCUCACCAGUGCCAGUAUCAAAUUUGCCUAUCCCCCGGUUUGAUCAACGAAUGCUUACCGCUGAAAUAUGCAAGUCAGCUUGCGAGGAUACAUGUUCUUGUUAUGCUUACGCUUUUGACUAUGGGUGUGAAUUGUGGGAGGAUGGAGAUAUAAUAAAUUUAAUUAAUAUUACAUCAUCUCGCACUCCACAACUUUUCUAUCUCAGACGUGCAGCUACCAAAAUCUACAGUCUCUCACCUGUCUCUAGCAGCCUCGAACCCGUUUCUACUUUUGAAGUCAGAAAGUCGAUAGUUUGGAAGAUCGUCGUACCUGUUUUCCUUUUGGUGGGAGUCUCAGGAUACAUUUAUCUGUUCAAGAGAAAUAAGGCUAAUAAAAGAGGAAGUUUGAAAGGACUCCACGGCGUGCUGACUGAUUUGUUGAAAUUCAAUCCUACAUACAACGGCGUUCCAAUUGCAAACAUGUUUGAUGAUGGUAAAACAAAAGGAGAAACACAAGACUUGCAAAUAUUUAACCUUGCUUGUUUAGCCAAUGCUACAAACAACUUUAGCUUGAAAAAUAAGUUGGGAGAAGGAGGUUUUGGACCAGUUUACAAGGGUAAACUACCAAACGAGAAGGAAAUAGCAGUGAAAAGAUUGUCUAAAAGCUCUGGGCAGGGGAUUGAAGAGUUCAAGAAUGAAGUUUUGUUGAUCUCAAAACUUCAACACCGUAACCUUGUAAAAUUGUUGGGUUGCUGCGUUGAAGGAGAAGAAUACAUGUUAAUAUAUGAGUACAUGUCCAAGGGAAGCCUGGAUGCAUUUCUAUUUGAUCCAAAGAAGAAAGCACAGCUAGAUUGGGAUAAACGCUUCAAUAUUAUUGGAGGGAUUGCUCAUGGUCUUCUUUACCUUCACCGUGAUUCUCGUUUAAGAGUUAUUCAUAGAGAUCUCAAAGUCAGUAACAUUCUAUUAGAUGAAAACAUGAACCCAAAGAUAUCAGACUUUGGAAUGGCACGGAUAUUUGGUGGUGACCAAGCUAUAGAUAAUACCAACAGGGUCGUUGGUACAUUUGGUUACAUGUCUCCGGAGUAUAUAACGAAAGGCACAUUUUCGGAAAAGUCAGAUGUCUUUAGUUUCGGAGUGUUGAUACUAGAAAUUGUUAGCAGUAAGAGUAAUAACAGCUUUGAUAACCCUGAACAACCCUUAGACAACCUUCUGCUUCAUACUUGGAGACUCUGGAGUGAAGGAAAAUGGUCAGAGGUUGUUGAUGAGGGUUUGGGUGAUUUAUAUUGUCCAAUAGAAGUGAUGAAAUGUGUACAUAUUGGUCUGUUAUGUGUUCAGAAUGGUGCAAUUAAUAGGCCAACCAUGGCUGAAGUGGAUUUCAUGCUCACCGGUGAAACUGAUCGUCCAAUUCCCAAAGAACCUCCAUAUACUUUCACAACAUCAUCAGAUAAGCCAGGAUCCUCAAAUAACAAUGUCACUUUAAGUUCGAUUGAAGGUCGAUAGGAUGACAGAUUUGUUGUUCAAACCUUGGAAUAUACUAGGUAACAACAGCAAAAUUGUUACUUUGGAAUUGCACACCAUAUUUUGAAACCAAGGUAGUCAGUAAACUAAUGGAUGCAUUCAACACAUAUACCUCUCUAUUAAUGAAUGAUGUUAAUUAGGUGUUAAGUUAUUGGAUUAUUUGCAAAACAAUGUCAAGUGUAUUUUCUUUAAUUCCUAUUCACCUUGACCUGGAUUUUCAGACAA